GAUCAUAGUUGUGACAUGUGAAUAACUAUGAGAAUAUUCAUAGUUUUUCCACUCUACGCCCUGAUGAUUUCACGUUUGCCUCACCGGUGCAACGGUUGCUUGGACAUGCUGAUGAAGCCGUUUCUGCAAGUGUUCAACCCAAACGUGGAAAUCCACCCCGACCGGUUGAUCAACCGACACCGGUACGCCGACGGAUUCAUGCCCGACUAUCGUCCGCGUAAGGACCCCGCCGGAAGUGAUGAUCCGACCCCGACAAAAUCUUUCAAGAACGACGACAACGAAGUUCCGACGGCCGACUACGUGGACUAUGGGGUCGCGGGUACUGACGGCCGUCGUACUGGAAAUAAACUUACCACCCGGCUGGGUGGUCCGCAAGACAGUGGCGGGCCGGUGGUGGUGAGUUCGGAUAGUUUAGCGGAUCAACCGCUGACGGACUUCAUCGUCAGCUUACUCCAAACCGUUCAGCUGUCAUCCCGUGCGGCCCUCAAGAAGUCUAAGCACAAACAGACCACCGGGGCCCCAGUGGUCAGCGCGUCUCCACCGCCCCUGCGGUACGAUCGGACCGGACGACCAAUAGUCGGGCACGAUUUUACUACCUACUGAUAGUAUAUAAUGUUAUGAAUUGCCAAGUGUCAUCAACUUUGGUUUUCUGGGCACUCACAUAUUGAGAAUCGAGAAAAUCCUUGCGGACCAUCAACAUU